CAUGACUGCGGGGAAACACCAAUAGCGGAUGAGGCCAAAGCUAUAUAGACAAUUGUAAUCGACUAAUAUUUCAUAGAAGAACGUGAAUACCAGGUUACACCGAGUCGAUAUGGGCGGCAGGUCGACAAGUUUACGCAAUUCUCGACAAAAAAGUAGUAGUACUGCAACAAGUGAUUGUCAGAGGAAUUAUACCACUGGACAACACGAGACAUUUAUUCAGCAGAGAAGAUUCAACACCGAACAACAUGAGACAGCUACUCGGCAGAGAAAUCCUAAUGCUGGAAAACAACAUUAUGAGACGGAUAUUCGGCAGAGAAGUGUCAAUGCCAUACAACGGGGUACAAAUGCAACUAAACGGGAAAAGUGUUAUGACCCUCGGGACUCGACACUUAAGUUCGUCGAUCAAGAGGACGAAUUAGACUUUUUGUGCGAUGAUUUCAAGUCUCUGAGAGCACUGAUGUCCUGUGGUCAUGCUGUCACUCCCAUGUCUCUCACCAACUGGUGUCGGAGGUUAUUGGAUCAGGGUAAAAAUAAAUUUGUGUGUGGCGUGUACAGCUGUGAUGCAGUGUGGUCAUAUGAGGAAGUUUGUAAAAUGGCUCUUCUGACCCCCAAAGAAAAGGAAUAUUUUGAACAGAAAAUGUUUAACAAUGCCAAGAAAUACCUGAAUAUUAAACCAUGUCCUGGCUGCAAGUCUCGUGUGAUGAGAGAUGAUCCCAACAACCUCAGUGUUGAGUGCACAGUGUGCACAGCAGAAAGAAAAAGUCAAUUUCUCUUCUGCUGGCAGUGUUUGAGGGAGUGGAAAGGUCCAUAUCCACAUACAGAUGGCUGUGAAAAUGAGGGCUGCAGAAACCUGAUAGAAACACUGAGACAAUGUCCAGAUAUCAUCUUUGAGUCUGUGAAAGAGGUCACUGGCUGUCCCUCUAUCCGUGCCUGUCCCACCUGUGGCCAAUUGGUGGAGCAUAACAAAACAAAGUGUAAAAACAUUGUCUGUCCCCAGUGUGAGGUGGAGUUCUGUUUUGUGUGCCUGAAGCUCACGAAGGACUGUCAGAGGGCAGAUCCAGAAUCAUGGUACAGGGUUUGCUCUAGUGGUGUAGCACCUAGACAGACCUCUAUACCUGUACGGAAGACUGAAUAAAUCAUGGUGACUUAACACUGUGGUCUCAAGAAAUAUUUUCUUUUCUCUCUUUUUUGAAAAGCUUUUUCACAAUCUUCAUAGCUGUUAUUCUUCAUAGGAACUCAGACCUAAACAUAAGAGCCAAAUAUGUAUUUUGUACAAAUACUAAAAUUUUCAAUAGUAUCAGCACAUGAAAAUGACAAGUGAAACAUAUACACAGAGAAACAAAUAUGGUUAUUAACGUGCCUUAUGACUUUUUUAAAUAUUUGAAACACUGCUGAUUGUGUUGUUUUAAGAAUCAUUUUUGCUGGAUUUUGCUUUAGCUUCUUUAAAGUGAUCCCAUUGCUGUAGUAUUCAUUCAUGUAGUAAUUUCUCCAUAAUAUCUUUAUUCAGUCUUUAUUCUGUUAUUUUCACAUUUCUGUGUUGUUUUAUCAUUGUGUUGUGUUUUACUGAUUAUUUGUUCAAUGUAAAAAUAAAUCAAUACAUAUAA